AUAUGAGCAAGCCUUCCUGACCAGCCUUGUUGGUCUGAGCUCUGAGAAGUAUUUUUGGAUUGGUCUCUCCAACAUGGAAGAACAAGGGGUCUUCAAGUGGGUGACUGGUGAAGGUGUUCUCUACACAAACUGGAACGCAGCAAUGCCUGGGAAUCAAGCUGGUUGUGUUGCCCUAAGGACUGGAAAUGCAGCUGGACUAUGGGAUGUUCAGAACUGUGAAGUAAAGGCAAAAUUUGUCUGCAAAAAACUAGUGGAAAAAAUUACUCUUCCUCUUGUUCCUGAAACUCUUUCUGAUUCUAAAUGUCCCUUGUAUUGGGAUACAAGCAACAACACUAAUUCUUGCUUCAGGGUUUUUGUGAGAGAAGAAAACCAAAAGAAAACAUGGUUUGAAGCCCGAGAUUUCUGCAGAGAAAUAGGAGGAGACCUCGCUGCCAUUAGAAGUGAAGACGAGCAAGCAGUGAUAGAAAAUUUAAUAAUAAAAAAACCACCAUCAUCUCAGCCUUUCUGGAUAGGUUUGCAGUGUCUGGAUCCUGAUGGUGGACUUUCCUGGAGUGAUGGAUCACCAGUGAACUAUAAGAAAAAUAAUUAUUUUUACAAUACUGCAUUUGAAUAUUGUGGAGCAAUCAGUGAAGACUCUUCCAUGUCAUGGAUUAAGGUGCACUGUGAAUACAGUCAUAACUGGAUUUGUGAAAUCAAGAAAGGGACACCCUUGAAACCAGAACCUCUGGGACCUUCGGCUAUGUAUGAAGUCACAGAAGAUGGCUGGAUUAUAAAAGGAGAUAAACAAUAUUUUUUCAGCACAGAAAAGACCUCUAUGGAGAAAGCCAGAACAUUCUGCAAAAAUAAUCAUGGAGAUCUUGCUACUAUUACAAAUAACAGUGAAAGAAAAUUUUUGUGGAAAUGUAUCUUAAAAAAUGGCAAAUUGAAGUCCUAUCUCAUAGGGUUACUUCAGAAUGCUGAUCAACAGUUUAGUUGGAUGGAUGGAAGCCCAGUGCACUAUGCAGCUUGGGCACAGGGUGAGCCCAACUUUGCAGAUGCUCAAGAAAAUUGUGUGGUCUUAAACAAAAAAGAUGGCUUGUGGAAUGAUGUCAGCUGUGGGUUUUCAAAUGGAUAUAUCUGUGAGAGGCACAGAAGUUUUAUAAAUGCAACACUUCCUUCAGCGGUACCUUCGACUCCUGGAGGAUGUCCUGAAGAUUGGCUUUUAUUUAAAAAUCAGUGUUACAAAUUUUUUGGCUCUUCCUAUGAGUACUGGAGUACUGCAAGAAGAACUUGUAUGAGCCUUGGAGGAAACUUGGCAAGCAUACAUAAUGAACAAGUACAAGCUUUUCUCACUUACCAUUUGAAGGAUGUUUCAAAUGAUCCCUGGAUUGGCUUGAAUGAUAUACUCAGUGAACUCAACUUUGUUUGGAGUGAUGGCAGUGCUGUCUCCUACACAAACUGGGCUCUAGAUUCCCCAAAACUUGUAGAACCUGUUUUGUUUCCCAGUCUACAUCCAGAAGAUGGCCACAAUUUGCAACAGUUUGAUUGUGUUUCUCUGAAGAGAGGUCAUGCUGAUGACACAGGAAAAUGGAACAAUGAGGAGUGUUAUAAGUCCAGAGGGUAUAUAUGCCAGAAGAAUAGUGAUCCUGAACUCUUUAAGUCAUCAGCAACAGUGCUGGACCUUGCUUUUGACCAUUCUGGUGGCAUUAGCUAUUCUGUCAUCCAUUUCAAAAUGAGUUGGGAGGAAGCACAGAAAAACUGCAAUAACAAUGCCUCAGAACUUGCCAGCAUCUUAGACCCGUAUAGCCAGGCACUGUUGUUCCUUCUUGCACAGGAAUAUGGAGAGCCUCUGUGGAUUGGUCUUAAAAGUAAUGCGACCGAUGGCAAGUAUCAAUGGAUUGACAGAUGGAGAUUAGUUUACAGCAAGUGGUCCAGCGGGGAACCAAAACAGACAUUAGCAUGUGUCUACCUAGACACUGAUGGCACCUGGAAGACAGCUUCUUGCAAGGAGAAACUAUUUUCUGUCUGUAAAAAAUCGUAUGUCAUGGCCCCUACUGAGCCCCCACAGCUUCCUGGGAAAUGCCCUGAAUCAAGAGGACACAAAUCUUGGAUACCUUUCCAUGGUUACUGCUAUUACUUUGAGGCCUCCAGAAAAAGAAGCUGGUCUCAAGCUCGCCAGGAAUGUGCCCGACUAGCUGCAAAUUUGGUAUCUAUAGGAGACUAUACUGAAGCAAACUUUCUGGCAGACACCAUUAAGAUACUUCAUGGAAAAUCACCUAACUUUUGGAUAGGGUUAAAGGAAAAUGACAGAGGAGAGUGGUUAUGGACAGACAAAUCUGCAAUGGAUUUUGUCAACUGGCAAAUAGGAGAACCUUCAAACGCAAGGCAUAAAGAGUGUGGAGAAGUAUGUGCAUUGUCUGGCUACUGGAACACCAAUGUCUGUUCUUUCAAAAAAGGAUUUGUCUGUAAAAAAACAAAAACUCCUGAAAACACAGAAAUGUCAACAGAAAACACAGAAGGGAAAAUGAAGAACGUACUUUCCGCUGGCAUCAUUUGGUUGAUUGUUCUUCUAGCCCUUUCUAUAGUUGGAGCUGGGAGUAUAAUUUAUUUCUGCUUGAGGAGGAAAAGACAAAACCUGCUACAUAUUUCAACCCAAAUGAGCGGACCAGAAACAACUUUGGGUACCCAAGAAGAUGAUGCACACACUAACAUGUAG